AUGGCAUCCAUGUACCUAGCUCACGACAAGGAGGUGCCAAUUAUCUGCAUUAAGGACCUAGUGGCCAGCACGAGGGAGGCGCUAAUUUUGGGAGGUUAUGCAAAUGCUCACCAUCAUACCUGGGGCAGCUCCGACAAUAACGAACGGGUUAAUACUUCGGUCAGGGUAAACACGUUAAACAAUGGAUUCGUAUAUUCUUUUGGCAGAAGCUGUGUAACAGAGUUUGAAUCUGAUUACAACGGCAUACCCGCCGCAGAACAAAACAAACAUGGUCUUGCUAUUCAACAAGACGAGUUAAAAGCUUUGUGGGAAAAAACAAAGUCAGCUUACGAUAAGCUUAUCAAUGAGGGAUUGUCUAAGGAUGAUGCUAAGGCCAUAAAAAAGAAGAAUAAGAUUUCCUUUCAAAGCUAUGUUAGGUGCAUGUCUGCUAUUGGUUCUCAGGUUGAAAUUCUAACCAAAGCGAACAAAGAUGUAGAGGAUCGGCCCAAGCCAAACGCAAUUCAACAAAGUCAAACAAAGUCUUGCUAUGCGAAUACAAACACAGGUGUGUUAUUAGGGACAGCACGCGUCAACAUUUAUCUCAAUGGUACGAACUAUUCCGCUAGAGCACUUAUUGAUUCUGGUUCAGAGUGUUCUUUCAUCACUGAAAGACUAAAACGCAGAAUUCGCCUGCCAUCAAAGCGUAUGCAUGCCCAAGUUUCGGGCAUCACUAAUACAACUACGGCGCAGGUUAAAGAAGCGUGCAACAUCGAAUUGCGGUCUUCUGUUGACCCAUUAUUCCGCUUGAAUACCUCAGUGCUCGUGCUAGCACAACUGACUGGAAAUCUUCCUACUUGCCACAUUAGUGCAGUGACUAAGCAAGCAUUUCCAGAUCUGAUUCUAGCGGAUAAACGAUUUUUCGUCAAUGAACCCGUAGACCUUGUUCUGGGUGGCGACAUAUAUCCACAAAUUAUUCUGAGCGGGCUUAAGAAGAACAUAUUAAACACACUUCUAGCCCAAGAAACAGAACGAAUAUCGUCUCAUACUAGUCUGGACAAGCAACUGAGUGCCUUUUGGGAGCUUGAGGAGAUUCCAAAGAACAAGAGCCUUAAUGAAGACGACAAGUACUGCGAGGAGCUGUAUCAGAAGACAACCAUACGAAAUAAUGAAGGAAAAUACAUCGUGUCACUACCAUUUAGGAAAGAUUUUCCAGGAAAUAUUUCCCUAGGCCCAUCCCUUAAAAGAGCAUGUUCUCAAUUUUACCGGAAUGAGACACGGCUGGCCAAGGAUCCCGUCAUGCAAACGGAAUACAAUAGGGUUCUAGCGGAAUAUGAAACGCUUGGGCAUAUGUCAAAAAUAACAAAUCCCAUACCCGCAGACUCGUCUGAUAAUUAUUUUCUGCCGCACCACGCUGUUAUAAAGGCAGAAAGUACUUCAACAAAAGUACGCGUGGUGUUCAAUGCCUCAAGCCCAACGGCGAAUGGCAACAGCCUAAAUGACGUACUUUUCCCAGGACCAGUACUUCAGGCUGAUCUUCCGAUAUUAAUACUCCGUUGGAGACUAUACAAAUAUGUGUUCAACAGUGACAUCGAGAAGAUGUAUAGGCAAAUUCUGGUACAUAACAACCAUACUAAGUAUCAGAGGAUUAUUUUUCGCACUAACCCGAAUGACCCGAUCAGUCUGUACGAAUUAAAGACUGUCACGUUCGGCAUCAAUUGUGCUCCUUAUCUGGCGAUAAGGACACUUUUACAAUUAGCUGACGAUGUGCAAAGCUCCCAUCCAAUAGCAUCUAACAUACUACGAAAAUGCAUGUAUGUCGACGAUGUAUUGUCUGGUGGACACACUAUCGAUUCAGCAAUAAAAGCCAGAGAUGAGAUAUCGGAAGUGUUGCAAUCAGCCGGUUUUCCACUUCGAAAGUGGACAGCCAAUAGCGAGCAAAUACUUAAUGGCAUACCAAAAACAGAUCUACUUAGCGAAGAUUUUUUGGCAUUUGAAGAUACCAGCGCAGUCAAGGCUCUUGGAAUAAGAUGGAAUGCCCAUACGGAUCUUUUCUAUUUUAUAGCAAGGCCAUUGGAGAAAAGCGAUGCUGUUACGAAAAGAGCGAUACUAUCUGCCAUUGCUAAACUCUUCGAUCCGCUGGGGUGGCUUGCGCCUAUCAUAAUCGUAGCCAAAAUCCUUAUGCAAAAUAUUUGGCUGCAAGGCACAGAUUGGGAUGAGACUGUGUCUUCGACCACUCUAGACCGAUGGCAGAAUUUCACCCAACAUUAUAACGAGAUUGAUAAUAUUCGUAUACCGCGAUGGGUAUACUUUUCUCCAACGGAUGAAAUACAAAUACACGGAUUCUGUGACGCGUCGGAGAAAGCAUAUGCCGCCUCUGUGUAUAUGCGUGUCAAAAGAGAUAGCAAAGUUUUUAUUAACCUGCUUUUGGCAAAAACCAGAGUUGCUCCUGUUAAAACCAUAUCGCUACCCCGACUGGAACUUUGCGGAGCGGUACUAUUGGCGGAAAUAGUUGAUUCAAUAAUCAACAAUCUCAACUUAGGGCAUAUCAACAUACAUCUGUGGACCGAUUCCACAAUUGUUCUCGCUUGGAUUCGCAAGCCUCCGUGUUCAUGGUCAACUUUCGUUGCCCAUAGAAUCACAAAAAUUGUAGAGAAAGUCGGAAACAAGAAUUGGCUGCAUGUGGAUUCGGCAUCAAAUCCAGCAGACUUAGCGAGCAGAGGACUUCCAGCAUAUGAAUUGGUCAACAAUUCGUUGUGGUGGCAGGGACCUUCUUGGUUACAAGAAGAUAACCCAAAAUGGCCCACCCAGGAAACAGACUACAGCACAGUAGUUGAGGAAAAAAGAACGAAACUUAAAGCAGGAAACUCCAUCGACUCCAAGAGUGAACUCCUACCGCUUAAUCCGUUCAUAGAUAAAGAUGGCAUUAUUAGGGCUGGUUGUCCCGUCUAA